GGGGAGAAAAGAAGGCUCUGGGAGGACCACAGCCGCUUCGGACCUGAGACGGGCUAGAUUUCUGACUGGACGAGCCCAGGUCCAGUGCCGAGUGCAAUCGAGGCGUUUCCUCUGCUGGAGAGGGGGUGAUGGCUCUGCCCAGAGGACUUCCUUGGUACUGUCUGUCAGGAAUCACCUUGCUGCUCCUCCUCUCUAGGGGCUCUGGGGCCCAAAAGGAUUGCACGGGUGUGGACUGCAAGCCGUUGGAGAAUUGCAUUGAGGAGGUGCUGGAGCCCGGGGAGUGCUGCGCCUCCUGCCUGCAGCACGGCUGCACCUGUGAGGGCUAUCAGUACUACGAUUGUGUCAAUGUCGGCUUCAUGAACGGCAAGGUGCCCGAGGGACAGUCCUACUUUGUGGACUUCGGAAGCACGGAGUGUUCUUGCCCCAAAGGAGGCGGUAAGAUCAGCUGCCAGUUCAUGCUUUGCCCAGAUCUGCCUCCGAACUGCAUCGACGCCGUCAUCCCCUCGGAUGGCUGCCCGCAGUGUGGACGGAUCGGUUGCUUGCACGAGGGCCAGAAGUAUGUGGCAGGUCAUACUGUCCGCAUGCCCCAUUGCAAAGUCUGUCACUGCCCAAACUCUGGCGGCGAGCUCAUUUGCUACCAGCUUCCGGGGUGUGAUGCCUCCGCCUUCCACUCUGGCAACCUCUCCGAGCCUGAGGACAACGAUCCCGAGAGACAUUACGAUGACCCUUACAGCUACGACCAGGAGGCUUCCGAAGGAGACGCAGCACAGGUGGAAGCCCCAACAAAAGGCUGGAUGGUUCCAGGAGCCCAGCCUGUCCCGGACCCCGGCAGCCUAGAGCAGCUGGAACUGCAGCGUGAGGAUACAAACGCUAUUGCCAACAACACAACCCUUCCCGGAUUCACCCAGCUUGUCUCCCCUACCAGGCAGGCAGCUGCUGUGGCCAUGGACCCUAAAAUCCCCGGCCAAUCUAGAACCAGGAGUGUGAUGGAACAGAAGGAGGAGGAAGUCAUAGACGAAGAAGAGGAGGAGGAGAUAGAGGAGGAAGAAGAGAGGGGAGAAGAUGAUGGCUACCCAGAACCUUCCAAGGUACAUAAGGCAAAUGAAAAAGCCACUGGAGCUGGAAGUAUUCAAGAGAAACCAGAGGAGAGACAGAACUCAAACAAUGCUGUAGAAUCUGAGGAGAGAGCCCAGGAGAGAGGGGAAGAACACGGAAGGGCAGAGCCUGAAGGAAACACAAUUCCCAAUGUUCAGCCAAACCCCAGAGACAGGGGCAGGGAUGGUGAAAAGAGUGUCAGUAUUGGAUUCCAAGCCCCAACUUCCACAGAAAGAAACGUGCCCCAGUUAGCCCAAGGGGGUAGAGUGGAAAAGACCAUCCCCAAGGUGAAGUUUACUCCAACCACUCUCCCUCCUGUUGCUCUCCAAGAGGAUCCAACUGAGGAGACCCCCAAACAGUCCCAGACUCUCUACCGCUAUACAUCUCAAGAAAAGGUUGACCCUAACUCCAUUCAUUCUGACCCUAGAAGCCAGGAAGGUUCUACCAAGGACCUGAUAGAGACGUGUUGUGCGGCUGGACAACAGUGGGCCAUCGACAAUGCCGAAUGCACAGAGAUACCUGUGAGUGGGGCUGAUGGUGAUGUCUGCAGGAUUGCCCAGAAGCAGUGCUGUAUCUCCUACUUGAAAGAAAACAGCUGUGUUGCUGGGAUGGUUGGUGCCAAGGAAGGUGAAGUCUGUGGGCCUGAGGAGAAUGACACCUGUGGAGUUUCCCUGUAUAAGCAAUGCUGUGACUGCUGUAACCUGGGCCUGAAAGUCAAGAGUGAAGGGCAGAUGUGUGAGUCCAACCCAAAUCUGGGCUAUCCCUGCAACCAUGUGAUGCUGUCUUGCUGUGAGGGGGAGGACCAUCUCAUCAUGCCUGAGGUCCGGAAGCCGCCUGAGCCUUUGCCCACAGUGAUGCCAGAGAAAGUUUCAGAGACAGAGAACCUCCAUGAAGCCCUGUCCAUCAGCCAGGAGUCAGAGCUGUCCAACAGCCUGCCCGGGGAUGACCGAGACGAGUGCCUUCUGUACCCUGGUGAACUCUGUCAGCACCUCUGCAUCAACACUGUGGGCUCCUAUAAAUGUGCCUGCUUCCCCAGAUUCACCCUACAAGAAGAUGGUCUCAGCUGCCUUCCAGAUAGUGAGGUGAUGAAGCCAAGCACUCGAGGAGAGGGGCCCCUAGCCCCUGAAGCCCCUCACAGCCAACCUGAAGUCGUCCGUCUGCCUCAGCCAGUCCCCAAUACCUGCAAAGACAAUGGUCCUUGUAAGCAAGUGUGUAACGUCAUAGAGAACAGAGCCAUGUGCUCCUGUUUCCCUGGCUACGCUAUCAUGGCUGAUGGAGUCUCAUGUGAAGACAUGGACGAGUGCCUCAGAGGUGCUCACGAUUGUACCCGAAGACAGUUUUGUGUGAAUACGUUGGGAUCAUUCUAUUGUGUCAACCACACAGUGAUCUGUGCCGAGGGCUUUAUCCUCAACAUGCAUAGGAAGUGCGUGGAUAUUAAUGAGUGUGUGACAGACACACACACAUGCAGCCGAGGAGAGCACUGCGUGAACACAGUGGGGUCCUUCCACUGUUACAAAGAUCUCAACUGUGAGUCGGGAUACGAGUUGAAAGAAGGAGAGUGUAUAGAUAUUGACGAGUGUGCCCAGGGGACCCACAGCUGUAAAGUCAACUUUGUGUGUCAGAACACCCAGGGUUCUUUCUACUGUGAAUCCAAGCAGCGCUGCAUGGAUGGGUUUCUACAAGACCCAGAGGGCAAUUGUGUGGACAUUAAUGAAUGCACUUCUCUUCCUGAGCCAUGCAAGCCUGGUUUCAAUUGCAUCAACACUGUUGGGUCCUAUACUUGUCAGAGGAACCAGCUUCUGUGUACCAGGGGAUACCAUUCUAGCGAGGAUGGGUCCAAGUGUGUGGAUGUUGAUGAAUGUGAGACAGGUGUCCACCGCUGUGGGGAGGGACAGGUGUGCCACAAUCUUCCUGGGACUUACCGCUGUGACUGCAAGAUGGGCUAUCAGUAUGAUGCUUUCAGCAGAUCCUGUGUGGAUGUAAAUGAGUGUUGGAGCUAUCCAGGGCGCCUGUGCCAGCAAGCCUGUGAGAACACCCCUGGUUCCUACCGCUGUUCCUGUUCCUCUGGCUUCCAGCUGGCCUUCGACGGGAAGCAUUGUGAAGAUGUGAAUGAGUGUGAAAACAACCCUUGCAGCCAGGAAUGUGCCAACGUCUACGGCUCCUACCAGUGCUACUGCCGGCAAGGCUACCAGCUGGCGGAGGAUGGGCAUGCAUGCAAAGACAUCGAUGAGUGCACCCAAAGUGCUGGCAUCCUCUGCACCUUCCGUUGCCUCAAUGUCCCUGGCAGUUACCAAUGUGCCUGUCCUGAGCAGGGCUACACUAUGAUGGCCAAUGGCCGGACCUGCAGAGACCUGGAUGAAUGCGCUCUCGGCACUCACAACUGUUCAGCGGCUGAGACUUGUUACAACAUUCAGGGUAGCUUCCGGUGCCUGCUGUUUGAGUGUCCACCCAACUACAGAAAGGUCUCAGACAUGAGAUGUGAACGGACCAGCUGCUUCAACUUCCUGGAUUGCCAGAACACUCCGGUGCGGAUCACCUACUACCAGCUCAAUUUCCAAACCAACAUUGUGGUGCCUGCUCACAUUUUCCGCAUUGGCCCCUCCCCAGCCUAUACGGGUGACAACAUCAUUUUGACCAUCACGAAGGGAAAUGAGGAAAACUACUUUAGUGCUCAGAAGAUAAAUCCCUACACAGGGGUCGUCUUCAUCCAGAGGCCAGUCAAGGAGCCGCAAGACUUCCUUCUAGAUGUUGAAAUGAAACUCUGGCGCCAGGGGACCUACACCACCUUCCUGGCCAAAAUCUACAUCUUCAUCACAGCCCAUGCUUUCUGAGGCAGGCAGGGGCGGACAUUGGGACUGGCCGUGCUCUGCUCUUUAAUCAUUCUACCAAAGCCUAAUUAGUCCUGGGGAAGUAGCUUUCACUGUAUCUGGCAUCUCUAUUAUUUUCCUAUUCUUGCUUGGAACAGCAUUCUUAUUAUUUUGUAAAUUAACUUAAUUUUUACCUA